AUGACUACUGCAGUUGAAGGCAUCUCAAACGAAAAAGAGUUUGACUCUGGCGUUCCUCAAUACAAUGAGGAUCUCGAGCAUGCCGCCACUCAUGGAACCUAUCUGGACCCAGUCGAAGCUUCUCAUCUCUCAGAGGAGCACCGUCAGUAUCUGCUACAGAGACAUGGCACGCUUGAGCUCGACCCGCUCCCUACCAUGGGCGACGCGGACCCUUACAACUGGCCAACGUGGAAAAAAGUUCUGAAUCUUGUCUUUGUGGCUUUCCAUGCUUGCAUGUGCGCAUUCGCCGCCUCAGCGAUCAUCCCGGCCUACGAAAACAUUGCAGAAGACCUCGGUGUUAGCCUGCAGCGAACCUCAUACUUGACAUCGCUGCAGAUCGCAAUCCUUGGGGGUGCACCGCUGUUCUGGAGACCGCUUUCCACACGUUACGGACGCAGACCCAUCUUUAUCAUCUCGUUGAUUGGUAGUCUGGCAUUCAACGUUGGCUGCGCGAAGAGCACCACUUACGCAUCAAUGGCUGCGUGCAGAGCCCUGCAAUCCUUCUUUAUUUCGCCACCGAACGCCAUAGGCAGCGCCGUUGUCGUUGAGACGUUCUUCAAGAGUGAGCGAGCUAGGUAUAUGGGUGUGUGGACUGUCAUGAUCACGCUGGGUAUACCACUGGCGCCGCUCAUAUUCGGUUUUGUCACAUACUACGAGGGUUAUCGGUGGAUCUACUGGAUCCUGGCCAUUAUAAACGGGGUGCAAUUGGUCCUGUACUCAAUUUUCGGUCCUGAGACACGAUUCAUCCGUCACAACAACGUGGAACACGCCGUAUCUGGGUUCGCAGCCUUCAAGGAGUCAUAUCUCAAGUUUCGUCGCAUCGACCCCACCCCAAUUACCGCAAUAGAGUUUAUCUCCCCCCUUAGGCUGGCCAAAUACCCCUGUGUAAUGAUUCCAGCAUGCGCAUACGCAAUGGUAUUUCUCUUCGCUUCGGUCCUCACUACCGUCGAGAUCCCGCAGCUGUUUGGUGAAAAGUUCCACCUCAACUCCAAGCAACUAGGGCUCCAAUUUCUUGGCCUCAUCAUCGGCUCCAUCAUUGGUGAGCAGAUCGGCGGUCACACGAGUGACCUGUGGAUGCGUGCACGUGCGAAAAAGACUGCGCCGAGAAAACCAGCCCCUGAGUACAGAUUGUGGUUAAGCUACUUUGGUAUCUUGCUAGCAAUCUGCGGUCUUGUGGUUUUCCUAAUUCGCAUCGAGCAGGCUCCGGAGGGCCACUGGAAUGUCACACCCAUCGUCGGUGCUGGUAUUGCAGCAGCGGGUAACCAGAUCGUAACAACUGUACUGAUCACAUAUGCUAUCGACUGCUACCCUGACGAGGCGGGCAGUAUUGGUGUGUUCAUCACGUUAGUCAGGCAGACCUGGGGCUUUAUUGGUCCCUUUUGGUUCCCAGAUAUGUUUACAAAUGUAGGGCUCUCUCCUAGCGCUGGUAUUGUGGCUGCGAUGCUAGUCGUGGGAUCCUUGAUCCCUGUGGCCUUCUGCCACUGGAAAGGCAAGGCGCUCCAUGGCAACAUGAGCAAUCGGCUUUAA